AUGAUUGUCUUCGAAUACCUCAUGCUCCGAACUGUUAUACAGAACAGUGGGACAAACGAGGCGUAUACGAAUGGACUGAACGACCUCCUUCCCGCUGAGACGUGGAGACAGAAUUUUCUCGACUUCAGCGUUUCUUUGGGCCCGGCGUCGUACUGUCUGCUUGCCCUCGUUCCUCUUCUCUUUCUCCAGCGUCUCUGCCUGUCUGGUCUUCGAGAAAUCAGAGAGAAGCAAGAGUUCACGUACCUCCACCAUAGAUACCUAGACCAGAAUUUCUUUUCCACGCAGCAAAAAAUACAAGCUUUCAUUUGA